AGCCCUAGGCCUUUUCAUCUUCCUUUCAUUCUCACGUCCGGUUGCUUCUACCACCUCGCCGCCGCCUCUCUCCGGUUCCGCGCAAAAAUCCCAUUCAUCUUCCUCUCACGUGCUUCACGCCGUGUACUUCUCCGUUUCAGCAUAGCAGCUCAGUAUCGCCGUCGUCCUUCUUCGCCCCCGAAGUCCCCUCAUUGCGGUUUUGCACUGGUUUUUUACUCUGUUACUGGUUGCAUCUAGUCCUGUAAGUUUCACUUGGGUGUUCGGAAGUCUCAUUGGGUUGCCUCAACUUUGCAAUGACUGAAACCACGUCUAGGAUAUGUGUGAAGAAUUUGCCUAAGCACAUAGAUGAUCAUCGCCUUCGUACCUUGUUCUCUGAGAAAGGAGAGAUUACAGAUGUUAAGCUCAUGCGCACCAAGGAUGGGAAGAGCCGGCAAUUUGCUUUCAUUGGGUUUCGCACGGAACAUGAAGCUCAAGAAGCGAUACGAUACUUCAACAAAUCUUUUCUCAACACCCACAGGAUUGCUUGUGAGAUUGCUUGGAAAGUUGGGGAUCCAAAAAUUCCCCGACCAUGGAGUAAACAUUCUAAAGAAGAAAAGGGCACUAAAGAUAAGACGGAAGUAGAAGAUGACAAAAGUAAAAGUCUCUUGGGAUCUAAAAAAGAGGGAGACAACCUUAAAUUGCGUAUUCAAGAUGAUGACCCUAAAAUUCAAGAGUUUCUUCAAGUGACACAACCUCGGAUUAAUUCAAAAUUGUGGGCAAAUGACACUUUGACGGCUCCAGAAGAUGGAAAAAGCAAGGAGAAAGCAAGUAAAAUGAAAACGGUGGGUGGAAGAAGAAUGGAGUUGGUGAAUGUUGAUGGAGAUAAAGCUGAGGAAACGCAAACUGCACUGCAUAAAAACCCUGCUCAUGAUGAUAAAAUUUCGGAUAUGGAAUAUUUUAAAAGCAGGGUGAAGAAAACAUGGUCAGAUUCAGAGACUAGUGAUGUUGACAAUAGUGACGAGGAUGAGUCUAUAAAGAAAAAAUUGGAGAUAAGGGACGUUCCGAUGGUAGAUUCCAAAUUACCACUAAAAACAAAAGCCAAAGAAGAGGGUCAUUCCAAUCAUUGUGAUGCAGAUAUACUCAACCGGGAGAAAUCCUCAUCAACUCUGGAAGAUAAGAAGGAUGAAAUGCUGGAGAGUGGUCGACUUUUUGUUCGAAAUCUGCCAUAUGCAGCAACCGAAGAAGAGUUAGAAGAGCACUUCCGAAGAUAUGGCACUGUCUCAGAGGUACAUCUUGUAGUCGAUAAAGAUACAAGGCGUUCUAAAGGCAUUGCUUAUAUCCUUUACACCGUUCCAGAAUCUGCAAAAAGGGCACUUGAAGAAUUGGAUAAUUCAAUUUUCCAAGGGCGAUUGUUGCACAUCAUGCCUGCUCAACUAAGGAAAAUAUCCGAGAAACCAGAGGAAAAUAUUUUAGAGGGCCAAAGGUCAAAAUCCUUCAAGCAGAAAAGAGAGGAAGAGAGAAAAGCAUCUGAAGCUAGUGGCAAUACAAAAGCAUGGAAUAGUUUAUUCAUGCGCCCUGAUACGGUGGUUGAAAAUAUUGCUAGAAAAUAUGGUGUUAGUAAGGGUGAAUUACUGGACGGGGAAGCUGAUGACCUUGCUGUACGAGUUGCUUUGGGUGAAACUCAAGUAGUUGCAGAGACAAAGAAUGCUCUCACAAAUGCUGGAGUAAAUGUUGCAUCUUUAGAGGAAUUUGCUUCUGGUAAAGCUGAUGGACACAAAAGGAGCAAUCAUAUUCUUCUUGUGAAAAACUUGCCUUAUGGUUCUUCUGAAGGAGAACUUGCAAAUAUGUUCGGGAAAUUUGGGAGUUUAGAUAAAAUCAUCCUUCCACCAACAAAGAUAUUGGCUUUGGUUAUUUUUCUAGAGCCAUCUGUAGCUCGCGCUGCCUUUAAAGGUUUGGCAUACAAACGUUACAAGGAUGCUCCUUUAUAUUUGGAAUGGGCGCCUGACAACAUUCUUAGCCACAAUCCAAUGCCUGGACAUGUCAAGGACGAGAAAGUUGGUGAAGGUGAUGCUAGGAGGGUGAUAUUAGAGCAGGCAGUGGAAGGAAUAUCAGAUGUUGAUUUUGACCCUGACAGGGUUGAGUCGCGAUCUCUUUUUGUCAAGAACCUCAACUUUAAAACGACAGAUGAAAGUUUGAGAAAGCAUUUUAGUGAAAACAUGAAAGAGGGAAGAAUAUUGAGUGCCAAGGUAAAGAAGCAUAUAAAAAAAGGACAGCAUGUCUCGAUGGGUUUUGGAUUUUUGGAAUUUGAUUCGGUGGAGACUGCCACAAGGGUCUGCAGUAACUUGCAGGGAACUGUUUUGGAUAGCCAUGCCCUCAUCUUGCAAAUGUGUCAUGUCAAGAAGGAUGAUCAAGGGCAAAGAAAAGUAGAUAAGGAAAAGAGUUCGACUAAAAUACUUGUAAGAAAUGUGGCCUUUGAGGCUACAGGGAAAGAUCUAAGACAGCUGUUCAGUCCCUACGGACAGAUUAAGAGCUUAAGACUGCCAAUGAAGUUUGGAAAACAUAGAGGCUUUGCAUUUGUGGAGUAUGUUACAAAGCAGGAGGCGCAAAAUGCAUUUCAGGCACUUUCAAACACCCACUUGUAUGGUCGGCAUCUUGUUUUAGAGAGAGCAAAGGAAGGUGAGACCUUGGAAGAAUUGAGGGCCCGAACGGCUGCUCAGUUCAGCAACGAUCGCGAUAAGUCUCAAAAUCCAGUUUUGUCCAAGAAGAGGAAGCAGGUGGAUGACUUUGAAGAAGACAGUAAGAAGUUUUUAAGGACUGAUUAACCAUAUUUAAGGUGCAUGGUAGUUUAGAAGAUUACAUGAUCAUCAAUUUUGUUUUGUUUUUGCUUAUUUAGUUUGUACCAUAUCUUGUCUUCCAGUCCCCUUUUGAUCUAUUAUGAAGAGCUGCUUCCCCACAGUUUUGUACUGUCUAUCAUAGGAAUUAGUGUAGCAUUUUCCUCUGUUGUCCUUGUCUAAAAUAUAGUUUGUAUUUAUUUUCUUAUGAACGUUGAAAUGUAUAACAGUUCAUUUGAUUUGUAUAACAAUCUUGUCAUUCUACCCUUAA